AUGUGUAGUCAAGAAGAAGACGAAGAUUGUUCUUGUCUAUUCAAUUCAAUCAUUAAAAAGAAUGAAAGACUAUCCUAUUGUAUUAAAUGUCAAUCACAAUCAUCUGUAUUAAUAAGAAAAGAUGAUCCAUCUUUAUGCAAAUCAUGUUUUAUUCAUCAUUGUUUACAUAAAAUCAAUAUGAUAUUUGGAAAAUAUAAACUAACAACUACUCAAAUGAAUAAUAAUAGUAGUAGUAAUAAUAAUAAUAAUAUGGCUAUAGCAUAUUCUGGUGGUCAAAAUUCAUCUACUUUAUUAAACUUAAUCAUACAAUAUAAUCAUGAUAAUGGACUGAAGAAACGAACUAGGAGGAUGAUCCCAAAAGUAUUUCAUCUGAUUGAACCAUAUGAUUCAGAAGAUCAUUUGAAAUUCAUUACAAAUAACAUGAAGAAUAGUCAUUAUGAAUAUCAUAAUAUUUCUAUGAAUGAAGUUUCAGAAAUGAAUAAAUGGGAAAGUAAAUUGACAUCUUCAUUACUUAGUAGUCAACAACGAUUUCAUGAUUAUUAUCGAUUAAAUUUAUUAAUUGAUUGUGCAAGAAAACUUGAUUGUAAAUAUUUAGUUUUAGGUGAAUGUGGUAAUAGAGUUACAGUGAAAUAUUUAUUAGAAAUUAUAGAAGGUCGUGGAAAUCAUAGCAGUAUACAAACAUCAUUCUUAGAUGAACGAUACCAAGAUAUAACAAUUGUUAGACCAUUACGUGAUUUUCUGGCGAAAGAAAUAACUUUAUACGCUCAUUUUAUGCAUUUGGAAUUUGUUACACCCAAUGAUCCAUUAACAUCAAUUGUUCUUAAAAAUCCUAAUGUCAAUACAUUGGAAAGAUUAACUCAAGAUUUCUUAGCUACAUUGCAAACUGGUGGAUUCCCAUCGACUACUGGAACUAUUCUUAGAACAUCUUCGAAAAUUGUUCUGGAAAAUGACUCUCAAAUUACAUGUAGUUUCUGUCAUUUUCCUGUAUCCAAUACUGACUCUUCUAAUGAUCCUGACAAGUUGGCUACAAAAUCUAUGAUACAUUCUUCCUCUUUAUCUAAUCCUGAUUCUUUUAAUAAGAAAACAGUUACUGGAAUUAUUGACAAAGACUUAUGUCUCUCCUGUUCACUAAUGUUCGAAGAACUUUCUCUUUGUACAUGA